ACAUACUUUAUCUCUCUCUCACAGCGAAACACUCCUCUCUCUCUCUCUAGAGCUCCCCGUAUUUCUGCUCGCCGAUUCAAAACCCUAGAACAAAACUUAUCUAUAUUUGAAGAUCGAUUUCCAUUUCCAUUUUUCUGUCGUCACACACAUCUCAAUUUUAAUUAUUCUUAUUCAGGAGGCUGUCAGUGUCUGAGAAGGUGGCACAGGAUUGAUGUUAGUUUUCAGGGGAAUUGUAUGUUGACAUACUUGUUCUUGUUUCCAGAGCUGAAAUUUUAGGUUAACCAUCCAUGCCUGGCAACGAACUUGGAGAUAGGGUUCACAAUUUCUUUGCACAAGACAAUUCAUCACAGGGGCAGCAUCAAUCACAUGGUUUGGAAGGAAACUGGCCAGUGCCUAACAACAAUUUUUGGGUUGGCAGCCCGAGAGCUGUUGAUGUGCUGAAUUCAAGCACGAAAAAUUACUCUGGGCAAAACCCAGCGGAAAUAGAUAGAGGGCAGUCUAGCUAUCCUGUUCAUGCAGCUCAUGGCUUGAAUUUUUCUCAAUCAAAUCUGAGGCCUGAUUUCUCUAGAAAUCAGCCCCUAAAUGAGCAGCAAUAUUCAAACGGCUAUAUGUAUGGCAAUCAAUAUUCUCAAGGUAGGCAGAAUGAAGCAAACUUUCGGGAAUUGGAUGCAUAUUCUGAUCAACGUCAUAUGUUAGCCUCAAGAGGCUUGCCGGGUCAUGAAUUGCAGAGAAUUAGUGGCCAUGAGCAACUACCAAAAGCUUCAGAUAGAUCCGGAACAUCUGUCUCUCCUGUUAGUUUUGAUCUAUUUGGUGGUCAGCAGCAGAUGAACCAUCAGCAAGCAAGCAUGCUGCAGGCAUUACAGCGCCAGCAAUCUGGCCUCAAUGAUGUGCAACAACUGCAGCAGCAAUUCAUGAUUAGAAAAAUGGAAGAGCUUCAAAGACAGCAGCAACUUCAGCAGCUGGACUCAAGGCCUCAAAAUCCUAUUAAUCAGGUUCCUCAGGUUACUAAACAGGCAUCUGGAAGCCAGUCUUCUCUUUUCAAUGGUACUCCAAAUUCUGAUGCAUUACGUAAUCUAUGGACGGCUGAGCCUGGUACAAACUGGCUUGGCCGUGGUUCUGCUGCCGUGCAAGGGUCCCCUAGUGGCAUUACCUUUCUACCAAAUCUAGGACAGACACACCGAUUAAUAGACGUGGUGCAUCAACAGGCUGAUCAAUCCCUUUAUGGAGUUCCAGUGUCCAAUUCAAGGGGUUUGGCUGUGAACCAAUACUCUCCGAUGGUGACAGAGAGAUCAUCAAUGCCUCAAAUGCCAACAUCUGGCAAUUCUCUACACAGUAAUCAACACAAUUUUUUGCCUGAUAGGCUUACCGGACAGGAGGGGACUUCCAUAUCUCGACAAAACUUUCAAAAUGAAACUAAUGAACAUGUUUCUAGCCAGUCACUGAAUUCUGGCGUAAUGGAUAUAGGAUUCCAGCAGCAAGUGAAUGCAUUGCAGAAUAAUGUGACACAUCAGGACCAUGCACGGAGGCAGGAGCUGUCUACUCUAUCAGAAACCUCGCAAGAUAGAUAUCCAAUGCAAGUAUCUUCUCCUCGGAAUGAAGUUACCCUAGAUCCUGCUGAAGAAAAGAUCUUGUAUGGUUCAGAUGAUAAUAUAUGGUCUGCAUUUGGUAAGCUCCCGAGUAUAAGUGGAGAUGCUGGUAAUUUAUUUGAUAGUACUGGGAUAUCAAAUGGGGCUCCCUCCCUUCAGAGUGGUAGCUGGAGUGCUCUUAUGCAGUCUGCAGUUGCUGAAACUUCUACUGACGAUGUAGGGCCUCAGGAGGAAUGGAGUGGUCUGAAUCUUCACAAUAAUGAUGGUUCUUCAGCAAAUCAGUCCCCCUUAAUUCACAAUGGAAAUGUCAAACAACCAUCGUUGCCUAAUGACAGUGUUCGAAUUCCUUCAGCAAUGGGCGCUGAAUCCAAUCGUUCUUCUGACUCUCUCAGACAUAUGGGAUUGAAUCAACUUGGGCACACUUUCCAGGGGCAGCCCAGUGAGGCAUUGCCGACUGAUGUUUCUCAGAGGUUUGGGCAGUCUGUGGCGGGAACAAAGUGGCUAAAUCACAGCCAAGUGCAAAAUCAGUUAGCAGGUGAGGGUGAUAUACGUGGAAAUGCCUUAGAAAAUGCUGUGGGUGCUGAGAGAAAUGGAAAGAAUUUUUUCGCAGAUUGGCCUCCUGGCCAGGGUGGAACAAAACCACAACCAAAUGGUUGGAAUGCUCUGGCAGCUGCACCACCUGCUGGAGAUAGAGCACUGAAUACUCAUGAUACUGAGAAAGUGUCUCAAAAUCAGAACAACCAAGUGAGGCCAAUGCAGGGACAAAUGGUAGAUGGAAGUUCUUUAUGGAAAUCCAGUCCCCUAACUAGUGCUGUUGAAUUUGGCUCUGUAAGAUCUAUGACUGGAAAUCACCAAGCAAAUAAAUCCAAAGGGGAUUUGGGUUUUCACAAUCCUGCAUCUUCAGUAGCCAACUCAUGCAAUAUGGUAGCUGGUGAUGGAGCUAAUCCAUUUGCUCAGAAUAACUAUGUACUCAAUCAGUGGAAGCAUGCCUCUCCUUCAACAAAAUCCCAAGCGGGUGAAAGCUUAGGGAGAAUGAUAGACCAGGUUAAUGAUCAGAAUCAAGGGUCCUGGAAGAGCUCUGAUAAUGAUGAAAUGAGAAAUUAUGAUAGGGAGAACUGUGCCAUGAAAGAGAAUUCUAAUGACAGCCAUCGCUCAAACUUAUCUAAUCAUGCAUCAGGUGGCUUCAGGGAAAGUGGAGCCAUAGAUGCGAUUGAUUCAAGGUCUCUAUCCUCUGGGAAGCAGAAGACAAGCAAUCAGCUUACCAAAAAAGGUUCUGCUCCUCGCAAAUUUCAGUAUCAUCCCAUGGGCAAUCUGGAUGAUGAUGUGGGGCCUACUCAUGGCCUGAAGCAGCCUACCCAAGGACAGGCCACACCUCUGCAGAAUGCCCAUUUUGGCCAGUUGAAACUGUUUGGUCAGGUUCCAAGAAAUUCUGCAGAAAAGGGUGAACUUCCAAAAGACAGUAAACACCUUGAUAAAGAGUCUUCUGGCGGUAGCUUCACUGGUUAUGCAGCUGGGACAUCUAAUCUUUUUAGUCAAUCCUUUGAUUCAAGCACAAACAAGGCUUCAUCACCCAGCCAAAACAUGCUGGAGCUUCUUCACAAGGUGGAUCAAUCAAGAGACCAUGGUUCUCUGAUGCACAUAAGUUCCUCAGAGUGCAAUGUAUCAUCUCAACCACCGGAAGCAGAAAACUCAGAUGGGUCUGCUGGUCACCUUCAGCGCAGCCAAUCUUCUUUCUCUAAAGGUUUUGGAUUGCAACUUGGUCCUCCGUCUCAACUAUUGCAAAUUCCUGACCUUUCAUCAUCCUCCCAGAAUGCUCAAAGCAUGGUAAAUGCAACACAUACCAGUCUUGCUGGUAUAGGAAUGGGAGAGAAAAGCAUGCAUAUGACAUCUUCGUUGCAAUCUAGGCAGUUCCCAAAUGAAAAAUCUCAGAUGGAAUAUGAAAACAAUACAUCUGCAGGUCCAAGACAUUCUGGGAACGAUAACUCUGUCAGUAAGGGGUCAGGGAACUAUCAUUCAGCAUUUACUUCUGAUACUCCGUAUGCGCGAAGUCAGCUUCAGAAUAAACAAGCAACAAGGCCAAGCACAAGACCGGCUAUGAAUCAUCACAUUGACUCCUCAUUCAACUAUAGUACUUCACACUCUAUGGAAAGAGGUUCUACAGAGACUAUUCUACCUGAUGCAUCUGGCAAUCUUCAGAAAAAUAGUCUUCCUUCAUCUGGGGGCACUGCUCAGCAAAGUGGCCCUUAUGAUGUACAUGAGAUAAGUCGAGCUGGAACUGCAUCAUCUAGGGAUCAAAUGCGUGCUUCUCAGCAUUUUGGGAUGUCAGGCAUUGUUCGACAGGGGUCUUCAAGCCAGGUCUUGCAUAAUAUGUGGUCUAAUGUUCCUACACCUCAACAUACUUCGGCGGCUCAGUACCCAAAGGGUCCGACACAUUUUCAAGAGCUACCCCAGCCCAAUAUUUUGGAAUCUAGUUCUCGAGGUGAUCUUGAUGUUGGUAAAGGGGGGCAUAUUUCUUCUAAGUCUACUGCAAUUCAUGCUGACACUCCAAUUGGUGUUGAUGCGGAAGAGCACAGGUUGAAGGAAAGCUCUGGACAGUUAGUCUCAGCCUCGAAAAUAGACGUGUCUUUGGGAAGUGUGUCUUCUGUUAAGAAUCACUUGGAUGAGUCUCCUGCUAAUUCUGCUUCAACACAAAAGGACAUUGAAGACUUUGGUCGAUCUCUGAAACCUAAUACCUUUUCUAAUGAAAAAUUUGCGUUACUAAACCAAAUGAGGGCCCUGAAGAAUGCAGAGAGUGAUCCAAGCAUUAGGUUUUCAAAGAGAAUAAAAGGACCAGAAAAUGUUCAUGAUAUUCAUCAAUCACAUAUGGUAGCAGAGAAGCAAAACCAGGAUAAUUUUAGGAACUCAUUGGGUUCAAGUAGUGGAAUUCCUCCUGAAGAUUCUAGGGUGGUGAGCUUCUCUACACCAUCUGAUACGCUGCAGAGAAACACUUCGCCUCAUGGAAAUGCUGCCCCAGAGGACGUUACAAUGGUUACUGCUCUGCAUGAUUCUCGGAGCAAACCUCCUGCUGAUGCUUCUGCUGUUAGAGUUGAGCAUCAUAUGGUUAGCCCCCAGAUGGCACCAUCUUGGUUCAACCAGUACGGAUCCUUUAAAAAUGGGCCAUUGUUGCCUUCUCAAAAUAUACGCAAUGUCAUGUCCUCGAGACCAGAAGAACUUCCAUUUACUUCUGGAAUGUCUUCUAGUGCUAUGGAUACACCUUAUUUAGAAGAUAAAACUACUGCCACUCCUAUUGAGGCAUAUGUCAGUGGUGCUCUUAAGAGUUCUGCUCCCACAGUCGAAGCAAAUGAGCACAUACCUUCUCCUCCGUCAUUGCAAAUGAAUGUUGCUGGUCAGCAUCAGGUGAUUUUGAGACCCAAGAAGCGCAAGAGUGCUACUUCUGAACUUCUUUCGUGGUCUAAAGAGAUAACACAUUGUUCACAAAGUCCUUCAAUUCUCAGUGUGGUGGAAGCAAACUGGAGUAAAGCAGCAAAUCGUCUUACUGAAAAGGUUGAAGAUGAUAUCGACCUGAUUGAAGACGGACCUCCAGCGCUUAGGUCAAAGAGAAGGCUUAUUUUGACAACACAGCUUAUGCAGCAAUUAUUUUGCCCUCCUCCAGCAACAGUUCUAUCUGCUGAUGCUAGUUCUGAAUAUGAAAGUGUGGCUUAUGGUGUAUCUAGGGUAGCACUUGGAGACGCAUGCAGUGCCCUAUCUACCUCUAAUAAUUUGGGUUCACCCCAUCAUGACAUGGACCUUCAUGCUGUUAAGGGCAAACUCAAUGGCGAUCCACGUUUUGCGAAUGUUAUCGAAGAUCUCUUGGGAAAAGCCAGGAAGCUAGAAAAUGAUUUCUUGAGACUGGACAAGAGUGCAUCAAUAUUGGACUUGAGAUUGGAAUGUCAAGAUUUAGAGAAGUUUUCCGUCAUCAAUCGAUUUGCUAAGUUUCAUGGUCGGGGGCAAGCUGAUAAUGCAGAGACAUCCACUGAUGCAACAGCAGCUACUCAAAAACCUUGUGCACAAAGAUAUGUAACUGCUGUGCCCUUGCCUAGAAGUCUUCCUGACAGGGUACAAUGUCUCUCACUAUAAUAAUUGAUUGAUUUAUUUUUCGUGUGCUGAUGUGAACUGUGUCCAGUACUUUAUUGACUGGCACUUUCACCAAGGCCAGUUGAAUGGCAUGAUCAAAUUGCAGCAGGAUGGACAUGAGGUCUCCUCAAAUGUGCUGGAGGCUAUUUAAUCUUUUGGAUUAGGCAGUUUAUGCCAUUAUUGAGAAAUGCAAGGCUCACUUCAUGUACAUCUCUAUGAAAUGAAAAGAAUUUGGGGUUCCCCAUCAUUUUUGCCGAAACGGGGAUAAUAUUAAAUGCAACACGAUAUUGCAAAUGGACAUUUAGGUAGAAAAAUAUUUUAUAUGUAUAUUCAGUAUUUCUUUUCUUCUCUGGGCUCUUAAUUUAUGAAAUCCCAUUUUCAUGGGUAUUGGCCAACCUAGGGCUGAUGGUUCGUUGACUUGGAGUCUCAAUCUUUGUAAAGUAAGUUCAAUUAGUUUGUUUGGUCUUAGGUAUCUUAUAUUAGGGAUAAGUGCUUCGCUACUGAUCUGCCAGGAGCAGCUACCUCAGAUGUUUUCCAUCUCUGGUAAUAUAUAAAUGAUCAUGGCAUCCUUCA